AUGGACAAGCUAGAUAGCAUGGCUGCGGUGUGUGACUUCGAUCCCAUUGCGGGAAGCGUCCCGGCCACCAAAGUGGAGAUCACCGUGUCAUGCAGGAAUCUAUUAGACAGAGACACAUUCUCCAAAUCUGAUCCAUUGGUGGUGUUGUACACUCAGGGCGUCGAGACCAAACAGUGGAGAGAGUUUGGGAGAACGGAGGUGAUUGACAACACUCUAAACCCAGACUUUGUCAGGAAGUACAUCCUGGACUACUUCUUUGAGGAGAAGCAGAAUCUACGCUUUGACGUAUAUGAUAUCGAUUCCAAAAGUCCAGAUCUGGCAAAGCAUGACUUCUUGGGGCAGGUGUUCUGUACUCUGGGAGAGAUCGUAGGAUCCCCCGCCAGUCGACUGGAGAAACCCCUUGGUGGUAUCCCUGGGAAGAAAUGUGGUACCAUUAUCCUUUCAGUCGAGGAGCUGGGAAACUGCAGAGAAGUUGCCACCAUGCAGUUCUGUGCCCACAAGCUGGACAGGAAAGACUUCUUUGGGAAGUCGGACCCCUUCCUGGUCUUCUAUCGGAGUAACGAGGAUGGAACGUUUACUAUCUGCCACAAGACGGAGGUUGUGAAGAACACUCUAAACCCAGUGUGGCAGGCCAUCGCCAUUCCUGUCAGAGCACUGUGCAACGGAGACUUCGAUAGGACGAUCAAGGCAGAGGUGUACGACUGGGACAGAGAUGGCAGCCAUGACUUCAUCGGUGAAUUCACCACCAGCUACCGAGACCUGUCCCGAGGCCAGAGCCAGUUUAAUGUGUACGAGGUGGUGAAUGCCAAGAAGAAGAUCAAGAAGAAGAGAUACAUCAAUUCUGGGACGGUGACCAUGCUGUCGUUCGCGGUGGAGUCAGAACACACAUUCCUCGACUACAUUAAAGGAGGAACUCAGAUUCACUUCACGGUGGCCAUUGAUUUCACAGCAUCCAAUGGUAACCCGUCCCAGUCCACCUCCCUCCACUACAUGAACCCGUACCAGAUGAAUGCGUAUGCAAUGGCUCUGAAGGCUGUAGGGGAGAUCAUUCAGGACUAUGACAGUGACAAGAUGUUCCCUGCUCUGGGCUUCGGAGCAAAGCUGCCCCCCGAUGGACAUGUGUCCCACGAGUUCCCCUUGAAUGGCAACAUAGAGAACCCCUACUGCAACAGAAUGGAGGGAAUUCUAGAAGCAUACCAUCAGAGUCUGAAGACUGUACAGCUCUACGGACCCACCAACUUUUCUCCGGUUGUCAACCAUGUGGCAAAGUACGCAGCGGCCGUACAGGACGGCUCUCAGUACUUUGUCCUGCUCAUCAUCACAGACGGAGUCAUAUCAGACAUGGCCCAGACCAAGGAGGCCAUCGUCAAUGCUGCUAAGCUUCCUAUGUCUAUCAUCAUUGUUGGAGUUGGACAUGCUGAGUUUGAUGCCAUGGUGGAGUUGGACGGUGACGACAUCAGAAUCUCCUCGCGAGGGAAGCUAGCAGAAAGAGACAUUGUACAGGACUAUGUUCUGGUGGUGCCAGAGAGCAGCUACAGUUCCAGUUACCUGUCUGAACAGCCUCUGGACAAAUCAUAUGACUUCAUCAGCAACUGUGGACAGAACAGCUUCUACAUCAAUCCUGCCACAGCCUCUCCAUUCUGUCGUAGUUCAGCCAUCUCUCUCUCUGCGUUCUUCAACAACGGUGCCAUGCACUGCGGGUGCCAUGAGGUGGGCGCGGACAGCGAUACCUGCGAACCCUUCGGUGGGCAGUGCCAGUGCAGACCCAACGUCAUCGGCAGGGACUGCUCACAGUGUGCCACGGGCUACUGGGGGUUCCCCAACUGUAGAGCGUGUGUCAUGUGGUACACGCUGUGUGGGCCGGUGACUGGAGACUGUAUCUGCCCACCGAGGACCCUCUCCAAGUGUAUCCAGUGUGAGCCCCAGACGUUCAGCUGUCAUCCUCUGGUCGGCUGUGAGGUCUGCAACUGCUCCCAUCCUGGAGUCACCGCCCUCGACGUCAGCUGUGACACCGACAGUGGACAGUGCAGAUGCAAGAACAACAUCAUUGGUCGUCGGUGUAAUCGCUGCACCCAUGGUUUCUAUGGUUACCCCAACUGUAGGCCAUGUGACUGCAACGACGCGGGGACAGAGGAGGAAGUGUGUGACUCUUACACGGGACGAUGCCUCUGCAAGGAGAAUGUCCAGGGUGGUCGUUGUGACCAGUGCAGAGUGGAGACCUUCCACCUUGACCCCACCAACCCUAAAGGUUGCACUUCCUGUUUCUGUUUCGGAGCCACCAACCGCUGCCGUAGCUCUGAGAAACGACGGACUGAGGUGAUGGACAUGAUGGUCUGGGUGCUGCUGGGAGCAGACAGACAGGAAGUUCCUGUGACAGUAUAUCCUGGACAGGAUGUGGUGGAGGCGGACCUUGAUGAUGUACCUGAUGUCUACCAAGACCUCCUGUGGCACGCUCCUAGAACAUACCUGGGAGACAAGGUGUCGUCUUAUGGAGGCUAUCUGCGGUAUCAUCUACACACUCAGACUAUGAGAGGAGAUGUUGUCUCUCUGCCCGCUGAAGCCUCUCGACCUGACGUCAUUCUCAAGGGUAACCAGAUGACCCUGGUGUUUAUGGAGAUAGAAUAUUCUUCACCUGAAGAACCACACCUGGGGAUAGUCCACAUGGUGGAGGGAAGUUUCCGCCACGCCCGGACGGGGAACGUGGUGUCUAGAGAGGAACUGAUGAUGGUUCUGGUUGGUUUAGAGUCUCUCCAGAUCAGAGCUCUCCACUCCCAGUCUGCCCACACUGUGUCGCUACGCGGGGUCGUGCUGGAGGGAGCACAGACACUGCCCACGGGACGACACGCCAACAACGUAGAGAUCUGUCUCUGUCCCGCUAACUACCGGGGAGACUCCUGCCAGCAAUGUGCUCCAGGGUACUACAGAGACACUAAAGGGCUGUUCCUGGGGAAGUGUGUUCCCUGCAACUGUAAUGGCCACUCUGACCAGUGUCUAGACGGGUCUGGAGUCUGUGAGAACUGUCAACACAACAGGGCUGGAGACCACUGUGAGAAAUGUCAAGGUGGUUUCCAUGGUAACAACUCUUUAGAUGGACAAACCCUCUCCUGUGACACCUGCCCCUGUCCUCUGCAGGUGUUUUCCAACAAUUUUGCAGUGGGCUGUGUGGAGAAACUCAACAGGAUGCAGUGUCUGUGUAUCCCUGGCUACGCUGGGCCCCAGUGUCAAAGGUGUGCUCCCGGUUUCUACGGCAACCCCAUGGUUAUUGGCAGCGCGUGCCAGCCCUGCCAUUGCCAUGGCAACACGGACCCCAACAUGCUGUUCAGCGACUGUGACGGGCUGACGGGCGAGUGUCACAGCUGCAUGCACAACACCGCCGGGACGCACUGCGAGAUCUGUGGCCCUGGUUUCCACGGUGACGCCGUCACUGCCAAGAACUGCACCAGAUGCAACUGCUCUCCCUGUGGCACAGCUUCGUGUGACCGUCACACAGGACAAUGUCAAUGUAAACAAGGUGUGACCGGACCACACUGUGACCGCUGCCAGGACGGUGCGUUUGGCUAUGAUUCGUGCUCCGGGUGUCGUCGGUGUGACUGUGACGCGGCGGCGGCGGCCCAGGUCCAACCGUGUGACCCCAGGAGCGGGUCGUGUGCCUGCCAACCAGGGAUCAGUGGACCUAACUGUCGCCAGUGUGCCCCUGGGUACUGGGACUACAGCCCCGAGGGAUGCAGGAAGUGUCAGUGUAAGCACGGCCGCUGUGACCCUCGAACAGGGGAGUGUCACUGUGGAGAAGGCCUAACAGGCAAACAGUGUGACAGCUGUUCCCAUAGAUACAGUGUUCCUGUACAACACGGACAUGAUAUGACCUGUGAACCAUGUGACAGCUGUGUUGUAGUCCUGUUGAAGGAUCUGGACGGUAUGAAUGACAACUUUGGCUCAGUGGCUCAUCAGCUGAUCAACAUGGGCGUCUCCUCUAUCCCCUGGGCUCGGCUAAACAACCUCAGCAGAUCCGUGAACGAUAUCGCUAAUGCCUUAGAGAACUACAGCAAUACUCUGGAUGAGAGCAGUAAUAGAGUGGACAUGUUGGAGGGAGAGUUCAUCAACAUCAAUUCAGACAUCAAUGACCUGGAGGGGAAGGUGGGGGCGACAGCAGACAAAGCAAACACUCUGGAGGACAGCGGCACUAACACCCAUCAGAGAGCCCAGGACCUGCUCUCACACAUCAAGAGCAUCAUGGGAGAUGUGAAAGACCUCAUGCUGCAGGCAAAACGUACGGGUCUGAAGGAGACUAAAGUGGAGCAGGAGGAGGAAGACCUCUCUGAGAAGAUACAGCAGGUGGAGGCCAUGCUGAGAGAGAUGAGAUUCAAGAGCUGUGUCGGCCAGAAGAAGAUAGCCGACAGAGAGCUGUCCGAGGCUGAGAAACUGCUGGAGAAGGUGAAAGACCAGCUGGUGAGUCGUGUGGUGGAGAACGAGGGCUUGGACAAGAACAUCAGGGAGCGUCUGGAGAAGUUCCAUGACCAGCUGAUGGACCUGAGGGACGCUCUGAACCAGGCAGUUUACAACACGGCCGUCGCCUCCGAUUCUAACGCUGUUAAUGAGAAGAGGCUGGAGGACUGCCAGCAACAAGUGGAUGAGCUGAAUAUGAAGAACAAGGAGGUGUGGGAUCUCCUGCAGGUGACAGAGGAGGACGUGACCACUGUCACCGACAUGCUGUCUAUGCUGCACGACUCCAAGGAGGACUAUGAGCGUCUGGCAGCCCAGUUGGAUGGUUCCAGGAAGCCCUUGGCAGAGAAGGUGCAGAGGUUUUCCCCCUCCGUCAGUAAGAUACCCCUAGUGGAGGCAGCAGAGAAACAUGCUGAGCUACUCAAUGAGCUGGCCAGGAACCUCUCCAGUGUGAUCUCCAACAUCAACAGGGAUGGAUUCAUCCAGCGAACGGUGAACGCGUCCCGGGCGUACUCCGACAUCGUCGACGCCGUCAGAGCCGCUGAGAUCGCUGCCAACCAGGCUGCUGUGGACGCACUGGCGAAUGUACAGGAUCAGGACCUGGGCCAGACAGCUAACGGUCUGAAGAAAUACAGUAUUGAACUGGUGAACCAGGCUGUCAAACUACAGGAAGAUGUCAGUAAUGACUUGAAGCCCCAGCUCCAGGAUGCUAAGACUCGUCUGGAUGAGGCCAGGGACAAACAGGAGACUCUACUGAACGACCUAGAGAUGGUGCAGAGUAGCCUCAACGUCAGUAGAGAGGAGACAGCUAGUGACAUUGAGGAGGCUAAAGCAGCAGCGGAGGAGGCCAGCAGUACAGCAGCGAGGGUAAAGGACACCCUGGCCCCUAUCAAGGAGCAGCUGGACCAAUGGCAGCAGCAGUACGGAGACGCCAACACCAACAACAAUGACGUCCACAAGGCCUUCCUGGAGGCCAACACCUCUGUGGGUAUGUUGGGCGAGGCCAUCCCAAUACUGAUGAAGAAGCUGGACAAGCUGCAGAACCACUCAGCCCAGAUGCCCAACAUCUCAGAGAACAUCCUCAGGAUCAGACAGCUCAUCGCUGAGGCUCGCAAGGCAGCCAGCAAGGUGAGCGUACCUGUCAAGUUCAACGGGACAUCAGGUGUGCAGGUGCGUAUCCCCAGUAACCUGGCAGACCUGGCAGCUUACACCUCCCUGAAGUUCUACAUCACCCUGCCCGAGGCCUCACGCGCCCGCAGACAGGACCAACCAGACAAACAGUUUGUCUUUUACCUCGGAAACAGGGACACCAGUAAGGAGUUCCUGGGAAUGAUGCUGGAAGGGCAGAGACUGCACUGGCUCUUCAAUGUGGGCGGAGAGACGACCGAGGUGGAGAUGCCGGAGGAUGUCCAAACAGAUGGCAACUUCAACAACGUGGUCCUGGAAAGGAUCCUUCAGUACGGUCAGAUGGCCAUGACGUCGGAGACCAGGAUAACCAAGGCUGUGGUGGAGGCAGGAGGGGACAGCGGACUGCUCAACCUCCAGACUGAAGAGACUGUGUUCUAUGUGGGAGGAUACCCUGACACGUUCACGCCCCCUCUCCAGCUCCAGUUGCCCAACUUCAAGGGCUGUAUUGAGCUGGAGACCCUGAAUGAGGAGGUGCUCAGUCUCUAUAACUUUGAGAACAUCUUCCAACUCAACACCACCAAGGAGAAACCAUGUGGAAGAACUAUGCCGGUGUUGACCCAGCAGUGGGUGAACGACGCGGCCUACUUUGACGGGACGGGUUAUGCUGAGGUCACCUUGAAGGAGGAAACGGGGAAGAUGCAGCGCUUUGAACAGGAAGUUAAACUGAUGAGUCACAACGGCAUCUUGCUCAUGCUCCUCAGCCAGGAGAAGUUCCUGAGCUUGGUGGUGCGUCAGGGACGUCUCAGGGUCUUCUAUGACGUCACUGGUUCUCUACAGGAGCUGGAGCCUAAAGACCCAGAAUCCCCUUACCUCAAGAUCAGCGACGCUGAACCCAAAUCUUUGGAGAUCAUCCUCCUCUACGAUACGGCCACGCGUGUUGUGGUGAGGAACAACCGCCAAACCCUGCUCAACUACGUCUUCACCACGCCCCUGCCGCGCUUCGAAGCCAGCUACUACCUGGCUGGUGUACCAGAGGACAAGAUGCCUGAAAACCUGAAGGGCCUGUUCCCUCGCCAGGGCUCUCUGAAGGGCUGUUUUAGGAACGUCAAGGCCAUGAAUUCUCACAUCGACCUGAAGAGGAUGGCCAGCUCUGGGGUCAGCUACGGCUGUGCCAACGACCUACUGGUGGCCCGUGAGGCCCACUUCUCAGGCCAGAGUUACCUGGACUUGUCUCCAGACAGCAUCCCUGGUCUCAGGAACAACUUCUACGCUGGGUUUGGCUUCCGCUCAGACCAGAAGAACGGACUCAUGUUCUACCACCAAGCUCAGGAUGGAGUGUGUCAGGUGUUCCUGGAUAAGGGUCAUGUGGUAGUGAGGGCGGGUAACAACGAGGUGAAGACUCAAAAGACCUACAACGAUGACAACGAUCAUUAUGUAACUCUGUACAGCAACAACAACAGGUUGCGUGUCUAUGUGGAUGACGUCCUGGAGAAGAAUGGGGAUACGGGUGGUGGAGGGGGCAGCAGCCGGGUGGCACUGUCACCUGGAGGGGUCUACCUGGGAGGAACACCUGACAACAGCCUCAACAACCUCACCGGCUGUCUUAGCAACCUGUUCAUCAAGAGAGACAAGCCUUCUCAGAUGGUGAUGAAUCUGAUGAAUGUUAACGAGAACAUCAACGUUCCUCUAGAAUGUCCCGCUGCCAAUAAACCUCAACAGAUCCUGGCCACACCACCACGACAAAAGCAUGUUAAGGGUAAACACAGGAAGCCUGCGGGUGGUGCUGGGUCAAGGGGGCGGAGUCGCAGUGCCAGGGAGUCCUGCCAGGGGGACCUAACCAAUCAGGAGGUUGGAGCUCUGCACUUCAGUGGCUCCUCCCACAGCCACCAGCGCUACGACAGGCUACCAGAGGCCUUCAGCAGGACGCCUCACAUCUCCAUGGGUCUACGUGUGAACUCCUCAGAAGGCCUGGUGUUCUGUGUGUCUGGAUCAGGAGAGCGUAGCAGCUCUGUGAUGACCCUGUCUGUCUCCGACGGACGCCUGCUGCUCCUCGUCGACGGAGGGAAGAGGAAGACUAGCAUUCGCUCGCGCAGGAAGUACAACGACGGACAGUGGCACACGGUGUUUGUGAAGAGGGAGGGAGAGAAGGCCAGUUUGAUUGUUGAUGGGAUCAAUGCCCAGUCCAAGAGGGUCUCAGGAGGGGAGAAACCCCCCCUUAGUUCCCCUCUCUACAUCGGAGGAGUUCCCUCAGCAGUCGCCAGCUCACUUCUCACGGUGCCAGGUCCUGGAGGGUUUGUGGGCUGUGUGAGGGACCUGGAGCUGAAUGAGGAGAGCCCAGCCAAUCCCUCCACAAGCCUGGGGGUUGUACCUUGCUUCCAGACCAAUCUGCAGCCUGGGGCAUACUUCUCCUCCCAGGGAGGACACAUGGCUAUAGAUGAGGGCCUGGUGUUAGGGCGGGACCUUGAGGUCCAGCUGGAGGUACGGCUGGUGUCGGACUCUGGUCUCCUGCUGCAUGCUGGGUCUAGGCAACAGCUCAGUCUCUACCUCAACCAGGGAAAGGUGACAGUCACAGUGAACAGUGGUCACGGAGAAUUCUCCACCUCUUUCACACCAGAGGAAUCCCUGUGUGACGGACACUGGCACAGUAUCACAGUUAUGAAGAGGAACAAUGUGCUCCAGCUCCAUGUGGAUGCAGACAGUGAACACAGUGUGGGACCCAAGCAGGGCCGAUCCUCAGGGGCCAAGGAGACUGUGUACCUGGGGGGAGUACCAGAUGGCGUUGAUGUGCCGGGUCUCCCCGCUGCCCUGCCCUCCUUCCAUGGUUGUGUACGUAGAGCAGUCCUGAACCAGCGACCAGCCGUGCUGUCUAAACCCCUGUUAGUAUACGGAGCUGUGGGCACACAGGGCUGUCCAGCCAUGUAGACCUCUUUUACCCAUGUUACACCCGGUUUAGGCCUGUUACACCCGGUUUUGCCCUGUUCCCCGGUUUAGCCCUGUUACACCUGGUUUAGCCCUGUUACACCCGGUUUUGCCCUGUUACCCCUGGUUUAGCCCUGUUACACCUGGUUUAGCCCUGUUACCCCUGGUUUAGCCCUAUUACAUACGGUUCAGCCCUGUUACACCCGGCUAAUGCAGGGCCAAACUCAAUAUGACAAAUGUUAUAGAACGUUGUUACAUUUCUGUCUGCAAAAUUUUUAUCUGCAACAAUACACCCGUGGGCCACGUUCAUUAGGAAAAACGUUAUGGAGCAAAUAGAAAUGUCAUGAAUAGAGCUGAUGAUGUGAUUCUGUAUUGUACAUGUCAGAGGUAUGUUUGUUCUAUGUCAUAUACACUACAUAGCCAAAAGUAUGUGGACAGCCAUUCAAAUUAGUGGAUUCAGCUAUUUCAGCACACACCCGUUGCUGACAAGGGGAAUAACUUUUCGGGCUUGCUAGAGCUGCUCCGGUCAGCUGUAAGUGACCGGGGGAAAGGGGAAACGUCUAGGAGCAACAACGUCUCGGCCCGCAAAGUGGUAGGCCACACAAGCUCACAGAACGGGACCGCAUAGUGCUGAAGCCCGUAAAAAUUGU